GACGGUUUUUCGAGGUCUAGCUUAAAGAGAGUCCUCGCGCCCAGCAAUCCAACGUCCGCUUGUCUAUUUUUUUUUUUCCUUCCCUUUCGUUCUUCACUUCUUCCGUUGUAUAACGUUAUGCUCCUGCUUCCAGGAACUUCCCUGCUCUCGCAGUUUAAGAGCGAGAGUUUGCUUCAAAGCAUACAGAAGCACGUCCCCAUUCAGACCGUUGCUGCUCUGAAUGUUCACUUCAUUCAGCCAAAGACCGCUGAUAGCUUGACUUUGUUGCAGAACCAAGACUCGGAACAAGGCGCUAUUUUACGCAAUCUUUUACACUAUGGAUCCAAUCCUAUCGACAGCGAUAAAGCCGCAUUGAUCGAGCAGUUUCUUCAGCAUGGUCGCCAGCCCGAAAAUGCCACGGUUGUACUUAUUCUUCCUCGUGCCGGCACCAUCUCGCCUUGGUCGUCCAAGGCCACCAAUAUUGCUCACCUUUGCAACUUGUAUGAUCACGUUGAACGCAUUGAACGAGGUGCGGCCUAUUUGAUUGCUAAGAAGGAUGGAUCCGCUUUAUCCAGCGCUGAAAUCGCUACCUUUGCUGAUCUUCUUCGCGAUCGUAUGACGCAGUCGCUUAUGACUGAGCUUCCCGAAUCUCACGUUGUUUUCAAGCACGGUACGCCUGGUCCUCUCACUGUGGUCGAUCUGCUCAAUGACGGUACCGAACAAAACGCCGAUAAGGCUCGCGAAAAGCUCGUCAAGGCGAACAAGGAGUUGGGGUUGGCAUUGGCGGCCGAUGAAAUCGAUUAUCUUAUUUCAGCCUUUGUCGGAAGUUCGUCGGAUAAUGAUGCUCUGCGUCGCAACCCCACCGACGUGGAACUCUUUAUGUUUGCUCAAGUCAACUCGGAACAUUGUCGUCACAAGAUUUUUGGUGCGGACUGGACCAUCGACGGUGAACUGAAGCCCCACUCGCUGUUCCAAAUGAUCAAGAAUACCCACAAAUUGCACCCUCAGUAUACAUUGUCCGCUUACUCUGAUAAUGCCGCCGUACUUGAAGGUUUCAAGGCCACUCGAUUUGCUCCCUCCACGGCUUCCGGUAAUGUUUACGAACAAUAUGAAGAAGACGUUCACUUUUUAGCAAAGGUUGAAACACAUAACCAUCCUACUGCCGUAUCACCGUAUCCUGGUGCCUCAACUGGCUCCGGUGGUGAAAUCCGUGACGAGGGUGCGGUGGGUUUGGGUUCCAAGCCUAAAGCCGGUUUGGUCGGUUUCACCGUGUCCAACCUUCUCAUCCCCGAUCAUAUUCAACCUUGGGAAAAAGAUUUCGGAAGACCUAAUCAUAUUGCCUCGGCUUACGAUAUUAUGAUGGAAGCCCCGCUUGGUGGAGCCGGUUUCAACAAUGAAUUCGGUCGUCCCGCUCUCACCGGUUACUUCCGUACCUUUGCCGAAGAAGUGCCCGUCUCGGAAACCGAGACCGAAAUUCGAGGUUAUCACAAACCCAUCAUGAUUGCCGGUGGUGUCGGUAGCAUUCGUCCUGCCCAUGUUUUGAAGAAACCCAUCAACCCUGGUGCUCUCCUUGUCGUUCUCGGAGGUCCCAGUAUGCUUAUUGGUUUGGGUGGUGGUGCCGCCAGUUCCAUGGCUUCUGGUCAGAGCAGUGCCGAUCUCGAUUUCGCUUCUGUUCAACGUGACAAUCCAGAAAUGCAACGUCGCGCCCAACAAGUCAUUGAUUUCUGUACCGCUUUGGGUGAGAACAAUCCCAUCGAAUCCAUUCACGAUGUCGGUGCCGGUGGCUUGUCCAACGCUCUCCCUGAAAUUGUUCACGACAGCGAUCUUGGUGCUGAUAUUGACCUUCGCCGUGUGCCCUGCGAUGACAGCAGCAUGUCCCCCAUGGAGAUUUGGUGCAACGAAUCUCAGGAACGUUAUGUCCUUGCUGUCUCGCCCGAGAAGAUCCAUAUCUUUGAAGAGUUGUGUGCUCGUGAACGCUGCUUGUACGGUAUUGUCGGUAAAGCUACGGCUGAAAAGCGUCUUGUCGUGAGAGAUCCUCUCCUCAACAAUGUGCCCAUCGAUCUUCCUAUGGCCGUCUUGUUCGGCAAGCCCCCCAAAAUGUCUCGCAAGACCGAAUCCGUCCAGCCUCACCGCAUUCCUUUCGAUGCCACUCUCAAACCUUACCUGCCUCAAGCCGCUUCGGUCACCGACGCUCUGCAAGAAGCCACUUCGCGUGUUCUUCAGUUGCCUUCGGUUGGAUCCAAGUCUUUCUUAAUCACCAUCGGUGACCGUUCGAUUACUGCUUUGGUGGCUCGCGAUCAGUUUGUUGGUCCUUGGCAGGUGCCUGUUGCCGAUGUGGCGGUGACCACUACGUCGCUCGGCGAAAAUAUUAUUACCGGUGAAGCCAUGGCCAUGGGUGAACGUACGCCUCUGUCUCUCCUUUCCGCGGCUGCCGCUGCACGUAUGUCGGUCGGUGAAUGUGUCACCAACCUUGCUGCUGCCAAUAUUCAGGAUCUUGGCCGUAUUCGCAUGUCCGCCAACUGGAUGUGUGCCGCCAACCAUUCGGGCGAAGGCGCCAAGUUGUACGAGGCUGUUCAAGCGAUCGGUAUGGAGCUGUGUCCUUCCUUGGGUAUUGCUAUUCCUGUCGGCAAAGAUUCCAUGUCGAUGCAGAUGAAGUGGGAUGAAGACGGCAAUCAAAAGGUCGUGACCGCUCCUUUGUCGCUCAUUGUUACCGGCUUUGCUCCCGUGAUCAAUAACCACAAGACGUUCACUCCCCAAUUGAGAAACCGCGAAAAGACCGCAUUGGUGUACAUUGAUCUCGCUCAAGGCAAGCAAAGAUUGGGUGGAUCGGCUCUGGCUCAAGUGUUCAAUCAAAUCGGUCACGAAGCUCCCGACGUCGAAGAUGCCGCUGUGCUCAAGGGCUUCUUUGCCGCAAUGCAAAAAGCCAAGGAAGGUAAUCCCCAGGACAGCAUUAUCCUUGCCUACCACGACCGAUCCGAUGGUGGUUUGUUCGCUACGAUUACCGAAAUGUGUUUUGCUGGUCAUGUGGGUGCUCAAGUCGAUUUGGACUCGAUUGUGCACAAUGGCGAUGUCGUGUCUUGCCUCUUCAACGAAGAGUUGGGUGCGGUGGUCCAGGUAGACGAAUCACGCUUGGAAGAAUUCGCCGAUUUAGCUGUUCAAGCCGGACUUCCUCGCGCUGCUUUGCACAACAUUGGUGCGGUGACGACUCACAACGAUACCGAUGCUAUUUCAUUCCGCUACAAUGGACAGGCCGUGUACAACGCCAGCCGGGUUGAUUUAUUCCGCUUGUGGUCCAAGACUUCGUACCUUAUGCAGUCGGCUCGUGACAACGCGGUAUGCGCUCAGCAAGAAUAUGAUAACGUGUUGGAUGUGAAGGACCCUGGUAUCAACUAUCAAUUGACCUUUGAUCCUGCCGAGAAUGUCGUGGCAACCCUUGAGCGCCGUCCCAAGGUGGCCAUUUUGCGUGAUCAAGGUGUGAAUGGACAAAUCGAAAUGGCGUUUGCCUUCCAUCUGGCCGGUUUCGAAGCUGUGGAUGUUCAUAUGACAGAUAUUAUCUCGGGCAAGGUAACCUUGAAGGACUUUGUCGGUCUGGCAGCUUGUGGCGGUUUCUCGUAUGGUGAUGUGCUUGGCGCCGGUGCCGGUUGGGCCAAGACCAUUCUGUUGCAUCCUCAUGCUCGUGCGGAAUUUGCCCACUUUUUCAAUGAACGCGAUAACACGUUCGCUCUUGGUGUCUGCAACGGUUGUCAAUUCUUGAGCCAGUUGUCCGAGUUGAUCACGGGUGCCAAUGCUUGGCCACGAUUCAUGCGCAACGAAAGCGAACAAUUCGAAGCACGUGUCUGCAUGGACACCAACUGUAUUUUCUUUGACGGCAUGCGCGGCUCCAAACUUCCGAUUGCCGUGGCUCACGGUGAAGGUUUUGCGAAAUUCAAGACUACGGAUGAUUACAACGAGUUCACGUCUUCCAACCUUACAGCUGUGCAAUACGUCGAUAACUAUGGUCAACCUACGCAACGAUAUCCUUUCAAUCCCAACGGUUCACCUGCUGGUAUCACCGGUAUUCAAACCCCCAACGGCCGUGUAUUGGCCAUGAUGCCCCAUCCCGAACGUGUGGUCCUGAAAGAGAGCAAUUCCUGGUAUCCCGAAAACGAAAACUGGGGUCAAUCGGGACCUUGGUUACGCAUGUUCCGCAACGCUCGCCAAUGGAUCGGUGAUCGUUUCUAA